CAAAACACACACACAUUAACAACUUAGUAAUCAAAAAAAAAUAAUAAUUUUUGUAAAAUAACAAUAAAACAAUUGUGACUCAUACGACGAUGAGACGCGAUCUCAGAUAUCCGUAAAAAAUCUAAAUUAAAAUAAAAAAUAUCUCCCAACUCUAAAAAUUCAGUGCUGCAUUUAAUACUUUUGUAACAUAAUUUAUUACUCAUUCACUUCGAGUAUUCUUCUUUUUUUCUCCACAAACAUACUUUUUUUCCGUUCGUCGUCGUCGUUUCGUGUACGCGAUAAUAAUAAAUACUCAUAUGUCAUGGACAAGAAAAGUCGCGUUGUGGGUACCAACAAUAUGCAAAUGAGUUAAUGUCAUAAUAGUAAUAAUAACAACAACAAUAGAAGAAAAUAUAAUGAAGUAAAAAGUUGCAAAGAAAUUUGAUACAGAUGCAAAAAAAAAUCAUUGAAAAGUUAUAAUUAUUGAGAUAAAGUGUCGUUCGUCGUCGUGUAAAUGGUAAAUAAUAAAAUGUUCUCGUGCUCAGUUCAGUUUACGUUCAUUUAGGCAGUAGUGCAAAUAUUACACAAAAACCAUUGAUGUGAUGUAAGAAAGCAGUUCGCGAGCAAAAAAAAAAAACGAACGUCCAACAAAAAAGAAAGAAAGAAAGUGUGAAAAAGCAAUCAAUGACAUUAUCCAAUUCAAACAGAAACUUGGCUCAAUGUUGUCUGACACGCAGAUAGAAUCUCCCGCAAUCAAUCAUCAUUUAGCUCAUCGUCGAAAAUGUUAUCGUCACAUUAGCAGAGAUUUCACGCUGUGCAUCUUAGCUGCACUUGUCGUCGUCGUCGUCGUUGUCGUGCCCAUUGUCGAUGGCAUCUCGUAUUCCGUGCCGAUAAGCAAGCAACACACACAAACAGUCGUCAAAGUGCUUCCGCCCGAUCCGCAUUACGACAAUGACACGCUGAUACGCGAAAGUAUGGAGGGCAAAGACGGCUGGAUGCUGAGUUUGUGCAAAGAUUGGACACAGCAGCCGAGUAGCAUGUAUUACCACAUAACGUACGGCUUGUUUCUCGUGGGAUUUCUUGCGCCGGCAAAUUUUGUGGGAUGGAUUUGGUUGCGAGUUGCCGUCGUCGUGGGCAGUCUCAUUAUGUUCUACUGGGGAUGGUUUCACGAAUGCGAUCAAGACACCGUUAUUUGGUCAACAUUAUUCUUUAUUGUCAACUUUGUUUAUCUUACAUUAGCAUUGAUCAAAUUGAGACCUGUUAAAUUUGAUAAGGAGAUUGAGGCGGUUUAUGUCUCACUUUUCGAGCCAUUACACGUAUCACGCUUACGAUUCCGUAAAAUUAUACGAUGUAUGAAGCUAAUUAGGGUUCUCAAGUAUCAAGAAGUUUAUGCACAAGAAAAAGUAACAAAAGUAGAUAGUCUUUCAUUGGUGAUAAGUGGCAAAUUAGUCGUAUCACAAAACCAAAAAGCUUUGCACAUAGUAUUCCCGCAUCAGUUCCUUGACUCACCAGAAUGGUUUGGUGUCUCUACUGACGAUUAUUUUCAAGUCUCAAUCGUCGCCAUGGAAGAAUCCCGCGUGCUAAUCUGGCACCGUGACAAACUAAAACUCUCGAUAAUGGGAGAUCCCUUUCUGCAAAGUGUCAUCGAUCACAUUCUCGGACGGGAUGUUGUGAAAAAACUCAUGCAAGUGACGCAGGUCAACGAAACGAUGGCCCAAAGUAACGGUUUCAUAAUAUCCGAAGUGGAUGAGGAGGAUAAGCCAAUGCUGAUCAAUAAUCACGUGAACCAUAAUGGCAUGGCGAACGGAAAUGGCAAACUCCUUAAUGGCAAAGUCGAGAACGGAAGUCCCGGAAUCACGGCGCUGAUCAAUCGACAGUUGCAAGCUGCUGAUGUGAAUGCAUGGCGUUUAGGUAGAAUUGAGGAAACAGAUCACGAGACACCAGUUUAACAUACGCUGUGCCCUGUACUAAUAAUAAUAAUAAUUACUAACUUGACUAUGAUUAUUAUUACCGAAACGAGCCGCUACCGCAACUACUUAUCCACGACAUUGAUGAUGACGCUACAAAUCAUUAGUUGAGAAUGUGUUCUUAUGUGUCAAAAAUUAAAAAAAAAAAUCUCACGCGCCUCAAUGCUGCAACUGCAACCCUUGUCUGUAAGAAUGUUUUGCUGCGCAAGAUAUUUACGUAAUUAAAAUAAAUAUUUAGAAUAGAAUAAGAAAAAAGUAUUAUUUUGACCCACAUUUUUUGUAUUUUAUUUUUUUUUUUGUAUUUUUUCGAUAAAUAUUUACAUAAAACGCCUCAAAAUCGAUGUAUGUCUUAAGAAAUGCUUAAAAAUAAAGAAACAUACCAAUUAGCGUACCUUAAACGAAAAACUCCCCGAGGGUUUGAACAGACCAUAUGAAGAUGCACUGUGCAAGAUAACUUAAUCGAAAGUACUUUUCAUAUACAUUUUUGCAUGAUUUUUA